UUAUGACCCCCAAACGCUACCCACACUGAGGGUAUCAGAUCCGUAUUGCUCCCGAACGGGCACUAUACAUGUUUUGAAGAAGCUGAUGGCGUUAGUUUUGGCGGGUGGGGGGCAGGGUAUACGGCCUGGUUUGCCAUGGCAACUGAUACAAAUCAAAGCGUUUCAGAUCAGAAGAGACGCACGUUGGAAGCAUUGGAGAGGAGAUUUGCAGUAGCUAAAGCCGAACUUCUUCAACAGCAACAGAAGAGUAGAAAGCGGUCUCGUGAAGAAGAAGAAGAAAUAAGACAUAACAAUAAUUCUUCUUCUGUCACAUCGUCUCAUGAUGCACCCGUUAUAACUUAUUCAACGCAAUCUUCCAAGAAAGGCCAUUUUGCAUUCUCUAGUCGUACUCCUUCACGAGGAACUCCUCGAGUACCAGAUGUUGAAGCUGACGGCCUUACAUAUUCUCAUCUUUGUCAACCUUUACAUGGAAACCUGCUUAGUUCUGGUUCUGAGCUAUCUUGUAAAAAAGGGAGAACAGUUGAUAAUGUUAUACAUGAACUGCUCCAAAGUGGUGAUUCGGCCCAGAAGUACAUGCAGGGAUCUAGAAGCAAGAAAAUAGACAAUUGGAUCCUUCUUGAUAACUUUGUACAAAGUCGUGGUAUAUCAGUUAGUGCUCGUAUCAGGGCUUUACAGAGUCAUUCAAAACGUUCCAAAAGUCAUAUGUCAAUGAAGCAACUUAAGAAGUGUGGGUCAUUUGAUCUACCCUCAGAGUUUCAUAGAUUCGAUAUUUUCAAGUCAAUGCAUGAAAUGUGGAAAGGCUAUAUCAUGCAACUUGUUAAGAUUAUGGGGAAAAGCGAGUUGGCGCAGUGUUUUCUUACCGCAGACUUACAUGGUGCUAUACUUCUAGUUGCCGAGUGUAAAGUAACUGCUUUCAGUGGAAUUAGUGGCAUCAUGAUUAGAGAAACUGCUGAAACAUUUGGAAUAAUCACACAAGAUAAUAAGCUCCGAGCGGUUCCCAAAAAGUCUUCUGUUUUUAUAUUUCAAGCUGGUUGCUGGAAAAUUACAUUACAUGGAGACAAACUCAUUUCAAGAAAUUUCGGCUUAUAAUUUUGUUCGCGGCCAAGUCAUCCAAGUAUAGUAAAUUAAUCCUAUUUAGUAGUUUGAUUAAUAGCCGAGUUUGUUUUUCCCUUGUUUUAAAAUGGUAUAAAUACUCAAUUGAAUACUAUUUGAACAAGAUAUCAAUCUUGAUGGCAAGGAUUUAGCUUCUUCAAGUGAAAAACAUUGACCGGGUGAUAUCUCAUACAUCCAUCCCAGGAACAAGGUACGAUAAUCUCAAUAUGUGAUUUUCAUGUAUUCGGUAUUCCAACAAUCGAUGCUUGCUAAAAAUCUAAAUUUCACCUAUUGCCCA